CCUCUCCAUCCCGGCCUUCUGCCACUCGAAUCCGUCAAUUUAUGUAUCGCUCAUUGUCCUUAUAGCGCGCACUUUUCUUCUUUCGCUUUUGUUUUGCUUUCUCUCCCCUCCCGAGUCGCCAUGUUCCGACCCGCCUCCAGAGCCCUUCUCCGCGCUCCAGCCUUCGCUGUCCGAGGCCCCGUUACCAGACGAUUUAUAAGCACUGCUCAGCCCCAGGAGAAGUCGCGAAGCUGGAAGAGCACUGCUGCACGCUUGGGUCUGGCCAUUGGUGCUGUGUACUAUUAUAACACAAGCAGUGUGUUUGCACAGGAGCCGUCCUUCUCCUUUAGACCCCAGCCUCAGGCCGAUGUUAUUGACGAGUCUUCCCUUCCUACGCUCGAUACCAUAAAGCCAAAGGUCCGCGCGAAACCAGAAGAGCCUUCCCAGUCCGAAGUCGCAGCCGCAGCCGCGACCGCGACCCAACCUGAUGAUCUCGCAGACGUAAAUACUGCAGCUGCUUCCAAGGAUGUCCAAGUCUCUGAGGGCGGUUUGGCCUCUGCUGAGGAGCUAGAGAGUGAGGCCAGCCAGGAAGCAGCCUUCAACCCGGAAACUGGCGAGAUCAAUUGGGACUGUCCGUGUCUAGGUGGAAUGGCUCAUGGGCCUUGUGGAGAAGAGUUCAAGGCUGCCUUCAGCUGCUUUGUGUACUCUAAUGAGGAGCCAAAGGGAAUUGACUGCAUUGAGAAGUUCAAGUCUGCUUCCUCCCUUGAACUUUUGCUUUUCGUUUGCUGACCGGAAACAGGGGCAUGCAAGAUUGCUUCCGACAAUACCCCGAUGUUUACGGUGCGGAACUUGAAGACGAUGAACCAGAGCCUGCUGAAGGCGAACCUGCUCCUAGCGCCGCCGAACCCGCCGAGCAAACAGAGCCUUCUUCCCCCGCUAAUGAUGCUCAUGCACGAGCAAAGGAGGCUCACGACCAGCUAAAGGCUGAGAAGGGUGACCAUGCCGAGAGCGAAGAGCUCGUUCCAAAGGCACAUCACAGCGCAGAAGACAAGAGCACAGCCGAGAAGACGGAGAAAUGAACCCCGCUCUGACCUGAUCUCUACCUGAAUUUCUUCCUGUUAUUUCCCCCCAUUUUUCAUUUUUCUAAUAGAAGGCGAAAAGAAUGAAGGACAAGAAAAAAGGAAGACAAAAGAGAGGGUACUCAUGCAUUAAUGUUGUUUUUAUGUGAGAUAUAAAACAGAACUCUGCUCUGGGGGGAACAUGGAUUGGGAAGUGGAAUUGUUGUAUUAUAUAUACCCAUUCCCUUUUCUCUCGCAAUUUUCACUUUACCCUCCCUUUUUUUUUUUUUUUUUUUUAAAAAAAAAAGCUUCCUUUUUGUUCUUUCUUUCUAUUUGGCUUUCCUUCAUGGAUCUUGGGCUUGUUCCUUGUGUACCCUUUCCAUGUAUACAUGUGUACAUGUAUGUAUUUUGUUCUUGUAUGUGCUUUGAUUGCGGAUUCGAGCAAGCGAGAAAAAGAAAUAGAAUUGAAUGCUGGCACAUCUCUAGUAAAGACGCUCGAGGCGAUGAAGAAAGCCGUGCUACAUACGAAGUACUAAGAAGAAUGUCUACGCCU